AAGAAGAAGACGAAGUCAGCGUCGCAGCAAAACCAUUACUGAAGACUCCGAUUUCUGUUUUCACAGGAUGGAGAACAACAGGGAUGAAGACUCUUCUACAGUCAAUGUCAACAAUACCAAACAUCCUCUUAAUACUGAGGAAGUGGAAGCAACAACAGUCCAGCACUCUUUUCUGUUGUUGGUGUGUUUGGGGGUGUUAAGUGUCGUGCUGGCUGCAAAAGUCGUCUACAUGAGUAUGAUGACAACCAAGCAGCAUGAAAAUAUCAGCAGCCUUACAACUGAAAAACAUCAACUGGUAGAGCUACAAAAGGUUAUGGAGAACCAGAUCGAGGACCUGGACCGAGAGAGAAACGUGUUCUGGAUAAAAGAAGAAUUUUACGAAAUCAGAAGGAAACUUAACCUACACAGACAGAAGCUGGCCAGAGACUUAGCACAGAUUAGCCAAGACAGAGAGAAGCUGAACCAAGAAAGACAGGAGCUGACCCAAGACUUACAGGACCUGACUGAAGACAGAGAGAAGCUGAACCAAGACAGAGAGAAGCUGACCCGAGAGGGAGAAAAGCUGAGCCGAGACAGAGAAAAGCUGAGACAAGACACAGAGGAGCUGAGCCUAGAAGGGGAGGAGCUGAGUCGAAAUAGAAAGGAGCUUAGCAAAGCAGAAGAGGAACUGAACAAAGAGAAAGAGGACCUGGCCCAAAAUACAGAAAAUCUGAACAAAGAGAAAGGUGUUCUGAACAAAGAGAAAGGUGUUCUGAACAGAGAGAGAGAGAAAGUGAGGCGUGAUACAGAGAAAGUGAGGAAAGAAAGGGAGAAGCUGAAACGAGAGCAAGAGGACCAUACGAAAAUAUGGGACCUGGUAAAAGAUAAAAAGAAAUUGGAAAAGAAGAGAGAGGAGCUGAGGGAAAGCAGAAAGGAGAUGAACAACCAGACAAAGGAGCUAAGGAAAGAAAAGGAGGAGUAUUACAAAGAGAUACAACUACUAAGGAAAAGGAAAGAGGAGCUGAGGAAAAAGAUGGAGGAGCUGAGGAAAAAGAUGGGGGAGAUGAGGAAAAUGAAAGAGGAGCUGAGCAAACAGAAAAAGGAGCUGAUAAAAGAGAACGAGGAGCUGAGGAAAAAUGAAGAUUGGCUGUCCAAAAUGAAAGAUGAGCUGAUAAAAGAGAAAGAGAGGCUGAGCAAAAAGAAAGCGGAGCUGAGCAAAAAGAAAGAGGAGCUGGGCAAAGAGAAAGCGGAGCUGAUCAAAAAGAAAGAGGGGCUGAGCAAAGAGAAAGAAGAGCUGGACAACAUGAAAGCAGAGAUUAUCAAAAAGAAAGAACAGAUGAACAAAAAGAAAAUGAAACUGGACACAGAGAAAGAGGAGCUGAACAACCUGACAAAAGAGCUGAACAAAGAGCAAGAGAAGUGAAACCAUCAUGUCUGGAUUGCAGGAAUGGAUGGAUUUUCUUCAAGGGACACUGCUACUUUAUUUCUCGUGGAGGUAAAGAACAUUGGAAG